CAAACGUUUUGGUUGGACAUUCUUUGAUAUUUUUUAUAAAACAAACAAGACUGAUACCCAUGCCUUAGAUAACAAACCCGCCAAUGAUGCAACCCCCAAACCAGUUGAACCUGCUAAACCUAGUGUUUCGAAACCUACGCCUACGGUAGCACCUAAAGUCGCACCUACACCAGCUUCAGCCCCUGCACCCAAACCCGCUCCAGCUCCUGCACCAGUUGUAAAACCUGAACCCCUUAAGCCAGCCCCUGUAGUCGAACCACCAAAGCCUGCACCAGUUACAAAACCUGAACCACCAAAGCCCGCUCCUGUUGUAGAACCCCCCAAGCCUGCUCCUGUAGUUGAACCUCCUAAGCCAGCUCCCGUAGUGGAACCACCAAAGCCCGCACCAGUAGUCGAACCACCAAAGCCUUCCCCCGUAGUUGAACCUCCUAAGCCUUUUACAGCACCUAUUGCUCCCAUGGCCCCAGUCGAUACUAUGGACAAGAAACUUAUGGAAACCUCAAAGCCCCAAGAAAAUGGUGAAAACUUAAGAAAUAAUAUUAAAAAUGCUACCAUGGAUUUCUUAAGUGGUGAAGCCAAUAAUCAAUCAUCAACAAACAGUAAACAAGACACCAUGGUUGAUGCUGCUGUUCUUGCUAAAUUGGAAGAAGGUUAUGCCAAAUUGGCUGCCUCCGACUCCAAGUCCUUGUUGAAGAAGUACUUGACCAAGGAAGUCUUCGAUAACCUAAAGAACAAGAAGACCCCCAGCUUCGGAUCCACUUUGUUGGAUUGCAUCCAAUCCGGUUUGGAGAACCACGAUUCCGGUGUCGGUAUCUAUGCUCCCGAUGCUGAAGCCUACACAGUAUUCGCUGAUCUUUUCGAUCCCAUCAUUGAAGAUUACCAUGGUGGUUUCAAGAAGACCGACAAGCACCCUCCUCGUGACUUCGGUGAUGUCUCCGUCUUCUCCAACUUGGACCCCAACAAUGAAUUCGUCAUCUCUACCCGUGUCCGUUGCGGUCGCUCUUUGCAAGGCUAUCCCUUCAACCCCUGUUUGACCGAAGCCCAAUACAAGGAGAUGGAAGCUAAGGUCUCCUCCACCUUGUCCGGUUUGGAAGGUGAAUUGAAGGGUAAAUUCUACCCCUUGACUGGCAUGGAAAAGUCCGUUCAACAACAAUUGAUCGAUGAUCACUUCUUGUUCAAGGAAGGUGAUCGUUUCUUGCAAGCCGCCAACGCCUGCCGCUACUGGCCCUCUGGCCGUGGUAUCUACCACAACGACAACAAGACCUUCUUGGUCUGGUGCAAUGAGGAAGAUCAUUUGCGUAUCAUCUCCAUGCAAAUGGGUGGUGAUUUGGGUGAAGUAUACCGCCGUUUGGUGACCGCUGUCAAUGAAAUUGAAAAGCGCAUCCCCUUCAGCCACGAUGACCGUUUGGGCUUCUUGACCUUCUGCCCCACCAACUUGGGUACCACCAUCCGUGCCUCCGUGCACAUCAAGGUCCCCAAAUUGGCCGCCAACAAGGCUAAAUUGGAAGAAGUUGCCGCCAAAUACAACUUGCAAGUCCGCGGUACCCGUGGUGAACACACUGAAGCCGAAGGUGGUAUCUACGAUAUCUCCAACAAGCGCCGCAUGGGUCUUACCGAAUUCCAAGCCGUCAAGGAAAUGUACGAUGGUAUUGCUGAACUCAUCAAGAUCGAAAAGAGCAUGUAAGGUGUUACAACUCUGCAACCCCACAAACCCCAAAAAACUUAGAGCCUACGGCUAGGCCAAACAUCUUUGUAGCCGCUAGAUAACCAACGUUCGGUGGAAUUCAAUACAACAACAUCAACACACUUUAUGAUAAUGUUCUUUUGCUUUUCCCUUGAAAAUUUCAUCUGUAAAACGUUUUUGAAUUAAAGAGUGUGCGUUUCUUGGCAUUUUUCUUUUUUUGAA